AUGUGGUCCGGAGGCAGUGGGAAGGCGCGGGGCUGGGAGGCCGCGGCGGGAGGGAGGAGCAGCCCCAGCAGGCUCAGCCGCCGCCGAAUCAUGUCGAUGAGUCCAAAGCACACGACUCCGUUCUCAGUGUCUGACAUCUUGAGUCCCCUGGAGGAAAGCUACAAGAAAGUGGGCAUGGAGGGCGGCGGCCUCGGGGCUCCGCUGGCGGCUUACAGGCAGGGCCAGGCGGCUCCGCCGGCCGCGGCCAUGCAGCAGCACGCCGUGGGGCACCACGGCGCCGUCACCGCCGCCUACCACAUGACGGCGGCAGGGGUGCCCCAGCUCUCGCACUCCGCCGUGGGGGGCUACUGCAACGGCAACCUGGGCAACAUGAGUGAGCUGCCGCCGUACCAGGACACCAUGCGGAACAGCGCCUCGGGCCCCGGAUGGUACGGCGCCAACCCAGACCCGCGCUUCCCCGCCAUCACCCGCUUCAUGGGCCCGGCGAGCGGCAUGAACAUGAGCGGCAUGGGCGGCCUGGGCUCGCUGGGGGACGUGAGCAAGAACAUGGCCCCGCUGCCAAGCGCACCACGCCGGAAGCGCCGGGUGCUCUUCUCCCAGGCUCAGGUGUACGAGCUGGAGCGACGCUUCAAGCAACAGAAGUACCUGUCGGCGCCCGAGCGGGAGCACCUGGCCAGCAUGAUCCACCUGACACCCACGCAGGUCAAGAUCUGGUUCCAGAACCACCGCUACAAGAUGAAGCGCCAAGCCAAGGACAAGGCGGCACAGCAGCAACUACAGCAGGACAGCGGCGGCGGCGGCGGGGGCGCCGGGUGCCCGCAGCAGCAGCAAGCGCAGCAGCAGUCGCCGCGCCGCGUGGCAGUGCCGGUCCUGGUGAAAGACGGCAAACCCUGCCAGGCAGGAGCCCCCGCGCCUGGUGCCGGCAGCCUUCAAGGCCACGCGCAACAGCAGGCGCAGCAGCAGGCGCAGGCUGCUCAGGCGGCCGCGGCGGCUAUCUCAGUGGGCAGCGGUGGCCCUGGCCUGGGUGCACACCCGGGCCACCAGCCGGGCAGCGCAGGCCAGUCUCCGGACCUGGCACACCACGCCGCCAGCCCCGCGGCGCUUCAGGGCCAGGUCUCCAGCCUGUCCCACCUGAACUCCUCGGGCUCGGACUAUGGCACCAUGUCUUGCUCCACCUUGCUAUAUGGUCGGACCUGGUGA